AUGGGCUUCGGCGGGGACGCCCCUUGGGCACUGGGGGUGAUGUGGUUCUUGACGGCGCUGGUAUUUGUGUUUCUGCUCCUCCGGCUGUACACUCGCAUCGUGUGCUUGGCCGCUUAUGGGCUCGACGACCACGUCUACCUCGUCGCCUUUGUGUUCCUCCUCAUCUACAACAUCUUCAUCCACGUGGCCGGCACGUACGGCUUCGGGCAGACGCUCGCCGAGAUUGGCGACAUGGAGCGUGCCGUCAAGGCCACGCUGUACGAGUGCAUCGGCCAGGGCUUCGCCAUCGUCGGGAUGUCCAUCGCCAAGGCCUCGCUCGGCUUCUUCCUGCUCCGCCUCGUCACCAUCCAGUGGCACCGCAUCGCCAUCUGGUCCAUGAUGACGCUGGUUGUGCUGGCCUCUAUCGCUCAGGUUCUGUGCUUCUGGCUCAGCUGCAUCCCGCUGGACUACGUCUACGACCGCCGCAUCCCGGGCGGUCGCUGCCCCAUCGACACGCGGCCGACGUCGUACAUUCUCUGUGUGUCGACCAUUCUCGCCGACUUCUUCUACGCCACCUUCCCGUGGAUCAUCGUCUGGCCUCUCCAAAUGGAGAAGCGGGAAAAGCUCACCAUUGCCGGCAGUAUGAGCCUAGGCUUGAUCGCCGCCGCCGCCGGCAUCAAGCGGACCACCGAGGUUGAGGGGCUCUACUCGCCCGACUAUCUCAAGACGAGCGUUGGCCUGAUCGUGUGGUCGGCGGUGGAGAUGGCGGUGACGCUGAUCUGCAUCGGCAUCCCUGUGUGCCGGCCGCUGUACAAGCGCGUGUUCAAGCGGCUGCGGAACGGCGAGGGAUCGUCGGGGGGGUACCACAAGCAGUCGGGCAGUAACAACAACAACCCCCACCAAAACGACUCGUCGUACGUGCUGCGGACCAUUGGGGGCGGCGCCGUCGGCGCCGACGGCAAGCCGCUGCCCCUCAAGAAGGCGGCCAGCGCCAGCGGCACCGUCGACACAGCCACAGACAAUGACGGAGCGAAGCGCAACAGCGACGACAUCAGCUUCACCGACGUCAAGAUCGGCGUCAAUGGGCCGUUCACGCGCACGACGGUCGGCCGCGGCCGCCGCAGCAGCGUGGCCGACAACACGUCCGACGAGGAGAUUCUCGACGAGUACCGCCAGAGCCAGCGGCAGCAGCAGCAGCAGCGGCGGACGUCGGAUCUCGAGGACGGCGAGAGCCGGACCAAGCCUCCGCACGGCAUCACCGUCACCGAGUCAUACCGCGUCGAGCGGACCUAG